ACGCUAGGUUGCGCUCAGUGCGAUGCCGCAAUGCGCAUGCGCAAAACCCCACCUCCCAUCCACACCCCUCCUUUUCUUCCUCCCCCUGUUUUUUUUUUCUCUUCUGCACUUCCCCCUUUGGCCUUAGUGGUCGGUUGAGAUUCCCGAGCGUGAACGCGCACCGUGACCGCGCACCGUGCACACGCGCUCUCGGCACCUGCUUUUCUGGCAGAAGCGGACUCAUUAUUUGGCAGGGAGCGGCAGCAGCUCAGAGCUUUUACCUCCUCCUGGAGAAGAACAAGGAGAAGAAAGAGGAGAACAAGAAGAAGGAAGAGACCGGCGUGGAUUCAUUGGGAAUGUAUUUUUGAUAAUAAUCAGAGCAGCACGCGGAGGAUUUUUAUGCACCGUUUUCCGGGGCGUGCUGGUGUUUUUUUUCCUUCCACCCCCAAAGGAGGCGUGUUUUUAUUGUACUAAUUAUUUAUUUAUUUAUUGAUUAACAUUAUUAUUUAUUUCGGUCCUCAUCCGAUCAUCUAAACGGAAUAACGGCCGCGCGCGCUCGCAUCUCUCAUCAUCUCGGAAAAAAGCAAUCAUGACGAGCGCUACGUCCCCCAUCCUGCUGAAAUGGGACCCUAAGAGUCUGGAGAUCCGCACUCUGACCGUGGAGAGGCUGCUGGAGCCACUGGUCACGCAGGUCACCACUCUGGUGAACACCAGCAACAAAGGACCGUCGAGUAAGAAGAAGGGUCGCUCUAAGAAGGCCCAUGUUCUGGCCAUGUCUGUAGAGCAGGCCACUCAGAACUUUUUGGAAAAGGGUGAGCAGAUCGCGAAGGACAGCCAGGAUCUGAAGGAUGAACUCAUCACCGCCGUGGAGGAAGUCCGUAAACAAGGUGAGAGUAUGCGUUUGGCCUCCUCAGAGUUUGCUGAUGAUCCAUGCUCGUCUGUGAAGAGAGGUACGAUGGUCCGAGCCGCUCGUGCUCUUCUCUCCGCCGUCACCCGUCUCCUCAUUCUGGCCGACAUGGCCGAUGUCAUGAGACUCCUCGCUCACCUCAAAAUCGUGGAGGAAGCUCUCGAGGCAGUGAAGAACGCCACCAACGAGCAGGACCUUGCUAACCGCUUUAAGGAGUUUGGGAAAGAGAUGGUGAAGCUGAACUACGUCGCCGCUCGCAGACAGCAGGAGCUGAAGGACCCUCAGUGUCGUGAUGAGAUGGCGGCUCGCGGUGCUCUGAAAAACGCCACCAUGCUGUACACGGCGUCUCAGGCCUUCCUGCGUCGGAGCGAUUACCUCACACACACGCCACUGAUAGGGUUCAACAGCUGCCCCCACUGCCUGCUGCCCCUGCUGCCUCCUCCCCACUGUCUGCUGCCCCACUGCCUCCUGCCCCUGCUACCUCCUGCCCCUGCUGCCUCCUCCCUACUGUCUGCUGCCCCCACUGCCUCCUGCCCCUGCUGCCUCCUGCCCCUGCUGCCUCCUCCCUACUGUCUGCUGCCCCCACUGCCCCCUGCCCCUGCCCCUACUGCCUGCUGCCUCCUGCCCCUGCUGCCUCCUGCCCCUGCUGCCUCCUGCCGAAACCUUGUCCGUGUUCUCCGCGUAAGACCAGCAGACCUCAAACUACGUGGUCUGAGGACGUCUAGUGGAGAUUCUUUGGUCUGUUUGCACGUGUGCAGUCACGUGUUCGGAUGUGUUAGAGAUGUGUUCCAGCUGUUGGAAGUUUUUCCCCUGGUGUCUCUCUGA